UGUAGAAUGACUCUUCUCCUCCACACCCACUCUGAGGUCUCAAACCACCAUGAGAACACUACAGUGGACAUCGAAGUCAUCAUGAAUGAGGUCAGCAUUGUCUUUCUCACCAUCAUCAUUCUCUUUGGCACCACUGGGAACUCUGUGGUCAUCUGGGUUGCUGGCUUCCGCAUGAAGCCCAACAUUACUAAUGUGUGGUUGGUCAACCUCGCAGUAGCUGAUUUGAUUUUUUGCCUAACACGAGUCCUCUCAGUAAUCUCAAGCCUUUUCUUUAACCACUGGCCUUUUGGGGUCUUUCUCUGCAAGUUCAAUGGCUUCUUCAAGUAUGCCAACAUGUUCUGCAGUGUUUUUCUUCUGGCUGUCAUCAGUGUGGAUCGAGUGCUCUGCGUCUGGUGCCCAGUGUUCACCAGGAAACGACGGACAUUAUUUGCCGCUCGUGUGGUCAGUGUGGGAGUUUGGAUCGUGGCGUUGAUCUUUAGUUCACCAUACUUUGUGUACCGGCAGGUCUUCCCUGGCAAGAAUAACUUGAGCCAGUGCUCACUGAAGCAAAAAGGAGCAGCAGAAGCAGGUGGCAAUUCAGCCAAGUAUGUCUAUUACUGCAUUCGUUUCAUCUGUGGAUUCCUGUUGCCCUUCAUGGUCAUCCUUAUCUGUUACAUACUAGCUGCUGUUAGGAUACGCAGAACGCGGCUCUCUGGCAAAUCGAGGCCUCUUCGGAUUCUUGCUGUACUGGUCUGUGCCUUUUUCUUAUGCUGGGCCCCCUACCACUUUCUAGGAUUGGUCAAAUUGGUGAAUGAAGACAACAAGGUGGUGAAAGUAGGAUGGAGUAUGGCUUCAAACUUAGCCUAUUUCAACAGCUGCAUUAAUCCGGUACUGUACUUCUGCAUGGGACUGGAUGUUAGUCGAUGCUGCAACCAAAGUCUGUCUGGGAUCUUUCACAGAGCUCUUAUGGAGGAAGGUCAAACCCUGUCCCAGCGGGGCACUGGGGAAGAAAGCUGUAGUUCCAUUCCAAAGACUCAGUGUGUCACUAAAGUUUAAGAGUUUUUACACUCUUUUUCUUGUUCAUUUGUCAGGUUUUUUCAUAAAUAUCUUACAGAAUGAAAAAUGAAUGUUCCUCAGUUUCUGGUCUUCUUUAAUCAGUAGUUGAAGCCUAUAUGAAAUAUUGUAAAAUUAAAAUUAAUUUAAGAUAAUGUAAUGUAUUAUAAUCUUUGAAUUUAUGCAACAGUUCAUUUUAAUUAUUGCUUAUGUUAGCCUAUGUCUAUGUUUGUUAGUUAUUAAGAUAAUGUAGAUAAGACUACCUGAGGUAGGAAGAGAAAGAGGAAAUUAUUAAGGGUCUAACAUGUGAAAAAGGACACAAUUUUAGACCAUGUCUGCAUGAAGAUUGGGGUCAUUCUGAGUUUAUUUAUAAUUCGGUUUCUUUUAUUUCUGUAAUAUUUACCUGUGCAAUAAAUGCAUGCCUAUGAAAAAAGGACACAAAAUGU